GACUCCCAGCGCACCGCCUGGCGCCCACAGCUCUGCAGGCUGAUAAGUGCUGUGACAGAGGUAGGGGCUCAGUCAGGGCUGAGCCUCGCCAUACUCUCAACAACCCAGAGAGCCGUAAAGUUAAAUGAAAGAAACACCAUCCGGGUGAUCUAGAGCAGCAGUAACUCAGUUUAUGUUACACUUUUAUGCGUCCUGGUGCGAUCAGGCGCACAGCAGAAGGUGAGCGCACAUGGGCGAACAUUUGUCCGUUUCACUGACUUAUCGAGAAAAAUAAGUGUGAAAAAGUUAACCAAGCAGCAGAAGAGCAGCGGGAGAAAACAAUGUCUGACUCGGGCUUCUAUCACGGGAGCGCGCCGAAGUCCUCUGGCAUGGCACGUGGACAGAGACCACCGGAUCUGGAGCUGUCGGAAAAUGCGUUUUCCUCACCUGAUCCAGGAACACCUGCGGGCAGCGACGGCUUUUUUCAGCGAGAUAAAAUGUCUGAGGAGGGUAACACUCCCACAGAGGUGCCCCACAUUCACCUCCACCCGUACGUGUCCCAUCCCCGCAUGUCCGUCUACAGCACCGGAGCGCGUCCAGCUCUCACCCGAGCCCUCAUCCAAGGACGCGUGUAUAACUUUCUGGAAAGGCCGUCAGGCUGGAAAUGCUUCGUGUAUCACUUCGCAGUGUUUCUCAUGGUCCUGGCCUGUCUGAUUCUCAGCGUUCUGUCUACCAUCCAUGAGUACCACACUCUGGCACACCAAACGCUCUACUGGGUGGAGAUCUUCCUCGUGGUGUUUUUCGGCGUGGAGUACUUCGUCCGCCUCUGGUCAGCUGGCUGCCGCAGUAAAUAUGUCGGCUUCUGGGGCCGGCUACGCUUCGCCAGGAAGCCAAUUUCUAUAAUAGAUCUGAUUGUGGUUAUUGCAUCUCUUGUCGUGCUCUUAGUAGGAUCCAAAGGCCAGGUCUUCGCCGCCUCUGCUGUAAGAGGGAUUCGCUUCCUGCAGAUCCUGCGGAUGCUUCACGUGGACCGGCAGGGAGGAACCUGGCGUCUCCUGGGCUCAGUUGUCUUCCUUCAUCGACAGGAGCUGAUCACGACCUUGUACAUUGGAUUCCUGAGCCUGAUUUUCGCCUCGUACUUCGUCUACCUGGCAGAGAAAGAGGAAGAACACAGUGGCUUUCAGAACUAUGCUGAUGCCCUGUGGUGGGGAGUGGUGACAGUGACGACCAUCGGAUACGGAGACAUCUUGCCUGUGACCUGGCUUGGAAAGACCAUUGCAUCCUGUUUCUCAGUCUUUGCCAUUUCCUUUUUCGCUCUGCCGGCAGGAAUCUUGGGCUCAGGCUUCGCCCUGAAGGUGCAGCAGAAGCAGCGGCAGAAACACUUCAAUAGACAGAUCCCUGCAGCCGCCUGUCUCAUUCAGACAUCGUGGAGAUGUUUUGCUGUGGAGAACUUUGAUUCUGCUACAUUCAAGAUGUUUCUGAGGAAGAAAUCCAGCAACCCCACCUCCUCUCUGUCCACGCCGAAGCCCAAGAAAUCGGUGAAGAUGAGGAAAAAGGGAAAGUGCACAGACAAGGACAACGGUCCUUCAGCCCCGGUCCCCAGCAUCACCUACGACUCUGUGUUCAACAGCGGGAGGGAGCUGAACUCUGAUGUUUACAGCUCUGUCGGCACAGAUCGUCAGCAGUCCUGGACGUCUUUGUCUUCCUUUCAGUUCAACUCACAGCCUCCAGCAGUGAAAACAAACCCUGGCCUUCUGGAUGUCCCCUCCCCGGGCCCCCUCCAGAGGAACUCCAGCUUUGCAGACGACCUGGAGCUUGAGCCAGAGCGCUACAGUCAGCUGGCUCCUGCUGCCUCUGUGGCUCAGUUGACAGAGUCACACAGAAAAGCCAUUCAGGUGAUCCAGAGGAUGAGAUACUUGGUAGCGAAAAGGAAAUUUCAGCAAGCUCGUAAGCCAUAUGAUGUGCGGGAUGUGAUUGAGCAAUACUCACAGGGUCACCUCAACCUCAUGGUGCGAAUCAAGGAGCUGCAGAGGAGACUCGACCAGUCUUUAGGGAAGAUAACUUUGUUCCAGACGAGUUCAGAGCGAGCCAGAGACAGAGGCAACAACUCCAUAGGAUCCCGACUGAACAGGAUAGAGGACAAGAUCACACACUUGGACCAGAGCUUAAACCGCAUGGCAGAGUCGCUCUCCCUACUCCUGGACCAAAGAGACAUCCGCGAGGGUGAAGGCGGAGGCAGGCCGAGGCCCAGGCUCGGGCAGACCUCAAAUGUCCUCCACAGCCAGGACAGCCUGCCAAGCUACGACCAGCUGUCUUCAUCGCCUUCAUCCUCCUACAACGCCGGCGCAGCAGCCGGCCCUCAGCCUCACUUCAGCCUCACAGCCAGUCAGGAUAAAGACUGCUGAAAUCAAACACCUACCUACCUAUCUGUCACACAUAGCCUUUAAUGACAAAGAAAUGUGCCAAGUCUGUGAAAACAUUUUUAUAACAGUUAACUAACUUGUAGAUGGAGCUAAAACAAACGCAUUUACUCACUAUUUCUGCAACAAUAUACUUUGUCUAAGUAAUAUCUGAGCCUUCAGUUGUAUGCACAUCAAACAAAAGCUGGGUGGUGAUGGAGAAAUGCAGUUGCAAUCAGAAUUAUUCAACCCUAUCGUAAAUCAAGUUUAUUCUGAAAAAGUACCGACUUUCUGCUUUUUGCAAUGAACAAAUCAGACAGAAAUCACUGAAAUAGCUCAACACAAUGCAUCUUAUAAUGGCUUCUCCAGUCUCAAAAUGAUUCAACCCCUUCAUGGCAGCCUCUUUAGUCCUUAGUAGAGCACCCUUUGGCUUCUAUGGCCUGCUGCAAACCAGAUGCAUAUCCAGACACCAGCUUUAACCAAGUCUUGGUGGAAUCUGAGGUAUGCUUUGGGUCACUGUCCUGUUGGAUUUCCUGAUACUUCAAUGAAUCUAUCUGUCCUUCCACACGCUGCAGGUUUCCAGUGCCAGAGGAUGCAAAGCAGCUCCAGAGCAUCACAAAGCCACUCCCAUGCUUUACUGUGGUACAGUGUUCUUUUCAGCGUCUGAUUCAUUCUCCUACCUCCAGACACACCCCUGAUCCAUCGCGCCAAAAAGUUCCAGUUUGUUUCAUCGCUCCACAGAACAACGUCCCUAAACCUAUGUGGCUUAUUUCUAUGAUUUCGAGCCAACUUUUCUUGGUCUUUUGGGUCAGUAGUGGUGUAUGUCUUGGAGCUCUCGCAUGCAAACGUCUAUGUUCAGGACUGUACUCACUGAAACCUCAGUCUCUGUUGCCACCAAGUUUUAAUGGAGGUCUCUUGCAAUUCUUGAGGAUUUUUCACAACCUGCGUUUCCAUUGAAGGUAGUUUUGGGCAUGAGUUCUCAUAUAAAAAUCCCAUCUCGCGUGAAUCCGCUGCAAGGAAGCUGGAUGCUCAAAACCUGUAGCAUGUUGGUAUGAUUACAUCUACAGAGGUUGCUUUGAUAAUUUUGAACAAAAGACGAAGGCAAUAGAUGAUAGUUCAGAGGCAAAGUCUGUAUGUAUGGCAAACGCAGCGUAUAAGGGUAUAAGUGUGAUGUUAAGAAAGUCUCGUCUCCUCUUCUGUCUACACGUACCGCGCCAUGUUUUCCCGGGGUGAACCGGUCAUGUGACACUGUAUGUUAUGCCCUGUGACUUGUACAUGCAGAAAAAGUGUUUGCGGUAUAUUUCUAUAUCCAAACGUCUGAAAAACCUCCUCAUGAGAGCGUAAAAACUUUUAGCCAUAUUUGAGAGGUUUUAAGAAAUUCAGGUGUUUCCAUGACCUUUUUUAUGCUAUUUCGAUUUUGCAUAUUUCUAAGGGUAAUGGAAAUGCAGCUGUUGAUAGCUUCCUUUUUCUGCCCUGUCCAGGUGGUGGAACCACUGUUCCUGUCUCUGGGAACAUUUUGUGCCUUUGCUAUCUUUCUGUAUCCUGUACAAGGGCAGUGAUAUCCUCUCUCUUUACUCUUAACCAUUCUUUUGACGUUGCCAUAUUUCUAACAUGCAGACAAACGUGACGCUCAACAAACCCCUCGUUGUUCAGGUAGUUCAUGUUCCAGCUCACGCAAACUCGAUGACACUAGUGAAGCCCUGGAUUAGUUCAUCAGGUGUUCUUGAACCAACACUGGUUUUACAUGUUUGAGGUGCUGUGAGGGAUUCUGUUCAGGGGUUGAAUUAUUCUUAUUGCAACUGUAUCUCAUUAUAGGGGGUAAUUUCUGCAAAAGAUGUGCAGCGCUGGUAUUAAAGAUCCUGAAAAGUGAAAUCCAAAGUUUUUGUCUUAACACACUAGAUCUGCUGGAAUAUGGUAGCCUUAAACAUGUUCAUAGUGAGGUAAAUUCACCAAAUCUAUCAGCCACAGUGGUCUAUGGAUCAUUUAAAACAUCUUCUUCUUAGGUCAACAAAGGGUCAAGAGACAUGCUAAUGGCGUGAGCGCGUUCCUCAAUUCAGACUGUAACAUUUUUUAAAUCUGAGAGGAUUGUAUUUCUCCUGAGUGGGCAUGGCUUCAGCUCAUUCAGCAGACACAUCACACCAUCCUGGAGCAGAUUUUACUGCCUCAUUUUUCAUCAUUUUGAA